AUGGAGCUUCACGUCGACCUGCCGAACGACCGCGCCAGCCGUCGGCGCCUUCAGAACCGCAUCGCUCAGCGCAAGUUUCGCCAGUCUCGCGCCGACACCCUGCAGAAUAACCAGAGGCUUUCGGCAGAGGCGACGACGGACGAGAGCCUCACGACGCCCUCGCUGUCUUUGCAAGACGUAGACCUGUCUCUCUCGACGGCGAGCACCUUCAACCCCGACUUUCUCCUGGCCGACGACUCCACAGGCUCUUCCCAGACGCCAUGCGAUACGACCGUGUCCACCAUCUCGCACAGUACCGUCGCGCACUGCGGCGGCGUGCCCAUCGAUGCGGCUCCGGCUGAAUGCGUCUUUCCGCCGACGACGCCUUUGUUCCAGACGAUACGCUUUGGCCAGGCUAUCAAAGAGCCGGGCAUCACGAUCCGCAGCAGCCCCGAGGACUCGUGCGGCGACUCGGUCCCGGAGCCGACCGGCCCGGACGCCUUGUACACCGACAAUGGCUGGCUCGCCGCGCUGCACAUUGCCGCUCGUCGCGGCCACGAGCCCGUUGUGCGCACUCUGCUCCAGCACGGCGUCGACUGCAACGAGACGGACAGCGACGGCCGCACCCCGCUCAUCCACGCCGCAAUUGACGGUCACGAGCCCGUCGCCGCCCUCCUGCUUGCCCACGGCGCGCGCAUCAGCGACGCCGACCGCCGCCGGCGCUCCGCCCUGCACUGGGCCGUCCUGAACCGCCAAGAGGCUGUUCUGCGCCUCCUCCUGCGCCAUUAUGUCGAGCGCGGCUGGGAGUGCGGCCUCGACGGGUACGACGACCUAGGCUGGACGCCGCUGCACAUUGCCGUCGAAAAGGGCCUCGAGGCCAGCGUCCGGCUGCUACUGCAGUGUGGUGCCAGCUUGCAGGCCAAGGCCCGCAAGACUUGUGCCGGGGAUGACGACAGGGACGACAGCAGGGUAGCUGAGCCGCCAAGGCCACGGGCCGUUCGAAGCACCUCACCCUAG